UGGAGUAAUCCCGGGAACCCUUUAUAUAGGACGAUCGGAGCCCAUGAUCUCGUACUCAUGACCGAGCGACACAGAAUUCACCUAUUCCAAAGACCUUGUGAAGCAAUCGACAGCUUCAGCGUCUCGGAAAAUUAAAAAGACAGACAUGUCGACCUACUUGUCUUCCGACUCCCACCGUGUGAGCCCUUCGGUUUACGGGAACCGAUUCGACACAGCCAACCGCAAGAAGGCGUCAGCGAACAUCUUCGAGAACGUCCAUCAAGAUGCGCUGAUGAGGCUCUUCCAGAAAACGGGGGACAUGAAGGCAGAGGAGAGGGUGAGGAGCAUCUACUCCUAUGCCUACGACCCAGAGGAGACGGCCAAAGCUCUCAUGGCACUAAAGCAGAGGAAGAAGGACAAGUUCCUGCAGAUCGCAGGCGUAAUCAGGCAGUUUCUGAAACUGCGCUGAAUCUUGUAUGAACUCCGGGAAACUCAGAUGAUUUGAAGAGAACUAUAGGGAUGAGUCGGGGCCGACGGCGGAGAAAGUGAAUGGCGUCAGCAAAGGCGGAGGUGAUGCCUCCAGCUGACAGCAAGCGAGAUGCAGACUGUUACAUGCAUAUGGCGCUACCGCUGCACCUGUCAGCGGCGCCGGACCAGAUGAGCGAUCCCAAUCGGACAGAUGGAGAUCGAUGGCCUGGACAGAACAUGCAGCCCCCGGACGACUCCUGAUCGCUGUUCCCUAUGCAUUUGUUAUAAUGCAAGAAGUAAAAUUCACCUCAGAGGUGACACAAAAAUUGCCUAUUAUCUCGUGCCGACGACAUUGCUUGAUAUACGCCUCAGUUUUAUGAGAACAAUGCCAAAGCCCUUUUUGUAUCUGUUAACUAGCAUAGCUAUAGAUACUCUAACACUGUUCGCUAUUGAUCACUAAUUUAUUUUUGAUUAAAUAAAAACAUGUUUCAUAUACCUUGCAGUUUCGAUAAUAAAUUAUUAUACUUAA